AUGUAUGAAGACAGAUGCACCGAGGCGUCACAUACCCUGAUCAACGAAGAGCCAAAGGAAGCUCCAAGCAGACGACAUCUAUCCAAAUAUCGCACGAUCAUACUCGUUGCAGGUAUUCUCAUCUCGAACCUGUCCACGGCUAUAGACUCUAGUUUAUCAGCAUCAUCACAUGUGGCAGUUGCAUCGGCAUUCAGUCGAACAAAUCUCUCGUCAUGGCCCGUGAACGCUUUCCUUCUGAUGUCCACGACAUUCCAACCACUAUAUGCCCGUGUAUCCGAUCAUCUCGGCCGCAAGACACCAUAUCUCACUGCGUCGACGCUCUUUAUUAGUGGACUAGUUAUAUGCGCCAAUACAGAUCUAUGGGCUGUUCUUAUUUUUGGGCGUGCAGUCUCUGGCCUAGGUACAGCAGGGGUUAUGACCAUGGGGUCGGUGUUAUUGACGGACGUAGUCGGGGUAGAGAAACGGGGAUACUAUCAGUCGAUGAACUAUGCUGUCUACGGGAUAGGUUCAGGGCUUGGAUCAGCACUUGGAGGCUUCUUGGUGGAGAGAUUUGGCUGGAGCAUGGUAUACAAGGCCCAAAUCCCAUUCGCGGCUACAGCUCUCAUCCUCUUGGUGGUCUCUAUUCCAUCUCACGCUCGCUUGAUGGCGAUUAAUGGUUUCAACCACAGUCAGAGUUUGGCAUCCCUGCAAAACUACGAUUGGUGGGGAUCCGUGCUCCUACUCUUCACCUCCAGUCCGACAAGAAGCCUGAUGGUGACUGGCUUUAUGUUCUCACUGAUAAACUACCUGAUAAUGUAUCAUACUACUUUGUUCUUCCAAUCUGUUCUGCUCGAAUCGUCCCAGCAAGCUAGUCUUCACCUCAUCAUCCCAUCAGUCUCAUUCACUAUCAUUAGCGUUAUCACAGCAUCGGUUAUCGCUAGACUGAAGACCCCUGUUUACACUCUACGCGGAAGCCAAGUGCUGCUCGGCAUCGGCGUCCUGGGUCUUUUCCUCGCAAUUGCCCAAACCUCAGAUCACAGUCGUAUGCCGGAUUACAUGUAUAAUCUGGCUCUAAUUUUCCCGACUCUAGGUGUGGGAAUGAUGGCCCCUAGCACGGUUCUGACACUUUUAAAUUCCUCUACCAAGGAGGACCAUGCUGUCUCUAAUGGGUGCUUUAUUAUGAUGAGAUCACUUGGUGUGUUUGUUGCCGUUGCAUUGGGGACGACAACAUUGCAGAAUACUUUCGAGCUCUCUUUAGCACACCAGAAGGUCGAUGAUAAGUCCCGAGAGAUGAUAGAGCAGGCGCGGCAGAAGGUUGAGCUGAUACCUACUUUGCCAGACUCGAUUCAAUCAAAAGUUAUCAAUGCGUAUUCAACGGGAUUUACCGUCCUGUUCGGACUAUGUGUGCUGUCGACAGUAUUGAUUAUGCUCAGCCUCAGGGGCAUCAGUGUGCAGGAACUUGGAGAUGGAACCUAUAGCAAGCAGACUGGGCCAGACAAUGAGGAGGAAGAUACGGUGGAAAUGGAACCGGUCAGAAGAUGA